UUGAGCGAGUCUGAGCUGGCCGAGAUCUUUCUCGCGCUGGUCCGCUGAGCGCGCAGGCUAGCAGGGACUUUUCUCUCGCUGCUGGGCCGGGCACUCUGCUAUGGCGCGGAAGUCGAGUCGGCCUUUGCUUCUCCUGCCGCUCGUGCUGGGCAUGACCCUGGCGGGCGUCCCCAGCCGUCUGCCCCUGGUCCUCAACACUUGGCCUUUUAAGAAAGCCACCGAAGCAGCAUGGCAGACGUUAGCAUCUGGAGGCUCUGUCUUGGAUGCGGUGGAGAACGGCUGUGCUAAGUGUGAGGCGGAACAGUGUGAUGGCACUGUAGGCUUUGGAGGAAGUCCUGAUGAACUUGGGGAGACCACCCUUGAUGCCAUGAUCAUGAAUGGCACUGCUAUGGAUGUGGGAGCAGUGGGAGACCUUAGAAGAAUUAAAAAUGCAAUUGGAGUGGCACGGAAGGUCCUAGAGCAUACAACACACACGCUUUUAGUAGGAGAGUCAGCCACCAAGUUUGCUGAAAGUAUGGGGUUUACCAAUGAGGAUUUAUCUACCAGUGCCUCUAGAGCUAUUCAUUCAGAUUGGCUUUCUCGGAACUGCCAGCCAAAUUAUUGGAAAAAAGUUGUACCAGAUCCUUCAAAAUACUGCGGACCCUACAAACCUCCUGUCUUCUUAGAGAAGAGUAAUCCUGCCUACAAAGAAGCGGAUGUUCAUGGUCAUGAUACUAUUGGCAUGGUUGUAAUCGAUAAGAUGGGACAUACUGCUGCUGGCACAUCUACAAAUGGUCUAAAAUUCAAAAUACCUGGCCUGAAUGUCUGUGCUGUCCACAGUCGUGUAGGAGAUUCCCCCAUCCCUGGAGCUGGGGCCUAUGCUGAUGACUUGGCCGGAGCAGCUGCAGCCACUGGGGAUGGUGAUAUACUCCUGCGCUUUCUGCCAAGCUACCAGGCUGUACAAUAUAUGAGCAGAGGAGAAGACCCAGCCAUAGCUUGCCAAAAAGUGAUUUCCAGAAUUCAGAAAUAUUAUCCGAAAUUCUUUGGAGCUGUUAUAUGUGCUAAUGUGACAGGAAGUUAUGGUGCUGCUUGCAACAAACUUCCAGCAUUUACUCAAUUUAGUUUCAUGGUUUAUAAUUCUCUACAAAAUCAGCCAACUGAAGAAAAAGUAGACUGUGUCUAAUCCAUCUUGUCUGUCAGCAUAUGUAUUUAAAGAGAAGCACAAAGGCUGGAAAGUUGCUUACUGACAACAUUCAGUGAUGUUCCUGUGCAAAUUAAGUGCAAAAAUAAAUUAUAAUGUAGUGCUAUUUCUUAUCUACAUUUUUAUUUAUUUACUUCUAUUUAAGGUCUGUUUAUCACAUGAAAAUGAAUAUGCAUUUAUACAUGAUGUAUAUUUUUAAACUUUAAGUGAUAUUUGAAUUUAUAAUCACUGUGGUAAGAAACGACUACUCUGCGGCUUUAUUUUUGCAAUGUCAUAGUAAGUAAAGUAUUUGUAUUUGAGUACCUCAGAUUGCACAAGCAAUCUCAGUACAGAGAAGAGAGUAAUACAACAGAUUAGAUGUGGUUAAAUUUCAGAAGUUACAGUGAUACGUCUCUUAUGACUGAUCAUUGUUUUACCAAAUGUUCCGUAAUAGUUCAAAACAGAAAUAAUGCUAUUAAAGUAUAUGUUUUGUUCUGUACAUUAUGAAAAGCUGACGAGUAUUUCUCUGGUUUUCUUUGGAUUUCUCAUUGAUAGAUCACUCAGUAUGUGACUGUUGUUGAUGCACAAAAAUCUCUGAUCUUUGUGCAGCUGAUACUCAGUAUUGAUCAUUUCUUUUGAAAAUCAUUUAGGGAGCUCUUUUCUGUGAGUUUACUAAUCUCUUAUGCCAAGGUUGUGGUUGCAGUUAGAAAAUGGAGCCCAUGGUAGCUCAGUAUCCAAGUGGGCAACCUAGUAAGGGGAACAGGGACUAUUUCUAACAUAAACUCAAUGGCUGGCUCUUUGACCUCCCUCCCCUCCACCCGAGGGAGGAGUGGCCCUGCUAGGCCACAGAGGAGGACCAUGCAGCCAGGCCUGAAGAUACCUGAUAAGCUAAGGUCAGAUGAAAGGGGAGGAGGUCCUCCCCAUCAGUGGACCUGGAAAGGGGUAGGGAGAAGAUGAGGAAGGGAGGGUGGGAUUUGGGAGGGAAUGAGGGAACGGGAUACAGCUGGGAUACAAAGACAAAUAGGAUGGACAUUGGUUGUAGGAGAAAACAAGUAACAGGACAGGAGCCUACCACUGAAGGCCUCUGAAUGUCUCUAACUAGCAGUGUAUCAAAACAGAUACUGAGACUCAUAACCAAGCCUUGGGCAGAGUACAGGUAAUCAUAUGAAAGAAGGGGGAGUUAGUAUGAUCCAGAGAGGACAGGAGCUACCCAAGGACCAAAUAUAUCUGGGCACAGGGGUCUUUUAUGAGACUGUUUCUCCAACCAAGGAUCCUGUAUGGAUAUAACCUAUAACUCCUGCUCGGAUGUAGCCCAUGGUAGCUCAGCAUCCAAGUAGGUACCCUAGUAAGGGGAACAGGGACUAUUUCUGACAUGAACUUCUUUUUAAAAUGUCAUGAGUUCAGUUCAUGAGUUUGGUGAUUGAAUUUAGACCUCAGGACCUAAUUAAGCUAAUUUAAUACCUUUAAUUGUACAAUUGUAAAAUUCAUUUGAGUAAUUUCUAUUGGAUACCUGUUUUUUAAUUGGGUAGCAAUUCUGAAAAUAAUAUGUCUGUGUCAUUUUGCUGGUCAAUUUUUGGUUAAUAUUUCAUGCUUUUGUAAAAACUCUAAAUGGUUUAUUCUCUUCAGUACUAGUUAUGUAUUACGCAGUAGGUUUCCAGUUAUUUUACACAAUUAAAAGAUGACAUGAUGAGGUCCCCAAAAGUAUAAAUUGUGGUUAAUAAGUGCCAGAUGAUAAGGGUUUUCAUAUAUAACCUAGGGUCAGCCAGUUUAAAAAAAAACUGUCAUAUUUUAGUACUGAGAAUAUCACACUCAAAGGAUAAAAAAAUGACCACAUUCAGGAUAGAUAUAAUGGAAGUUGAACUGCUGUGUUCAACCUAUUUGCCUUCGAGUUAAAGAGAAGGAAGUUAUUGUUUCAGUGCAUGGAUAGUGCAUUAAGAAUUGGUCAUUUGAUUUAAACUUGUGACCUUUCCAAGUGCUGUAUUUGAUGUGUUUGCUUAUUUAUUUUCCCUAAUUAAAAUCUUAUUUCUAUAAUGUGAAUGGUGACAUAUAAUGAUUUUAAGAAAAUCAUAUCUUAGAACAAAUGUAGGAAAACAAAAUCCCUUCUAAUUGCUAGUAAUCUAUCUCAUUUCUUUCAGACUUGUGCAAAACCCUUGAGCAACAUAAAUGUCAAAAUAAUUCUCUCCAUUUCUAAAUAAAACUAGUAUUAUUCA